AUGUCCUUCUUCGAAUACCCCCCAAAGCCAAAGACAGCCUUAGGAUGGCACCGCAUCCUUUCUCCUAACGCAGCGGUAAAGGUGUCUCCCAUUUGCCUAGGCGGCAUCGGCAUCGGGCACUCUUGGAGCACUCUCUUCGGCAAGAAUGAGGACCCCUUCAAACUCCUUGAUACUUACUACGACCUCGGUGGCAACUUCAUCGAUACCUCCAACAUUUACAACUCAGAAGACUCGGAGAAGCUUAUCGGGGAAUGGAUGGAAGCGCGAGGCGUGCGCGACCAAAUGGUCGUUGCAACGAAGUACACCGCCGGGUUCCGUUCAUAUAACCGUGACAAGGAACCUUUACAGAGCAACUUUACGGGAAACUCCGCCAAGAGCAUGCACAUUUCUGUCAGGGAAAGUCUGAAGAAGUUGAGAACGGAUUACAUCGACAUCUUGUAUGUUCACUGGUGGGAUUGGGCGACGUCGGUGGAGGAGGUUAUGAGGGGUUUGCAUGCACACGUCAUGGCGAAGGAAGUGCUCUAUUUGGGAGUAUGCAACACGCCCGCCUGGGUUGUUGUGAAAGCCAACGCCUAUGCUCGCGCCCACGGCCUUACGCCCUUCUCAGUCUAUCAAGGCCAGUGGAACGCAGCUCUCCGCGACAUGGAGGCCGAAAUCAUACCCAUGUGCGAAGACCAGGGCAUGGCCAUUGUGCCUUGGGCAGCAUUGGGUGGUGGGCAGUUCUUGACGGCAGAGGAGAGACGGAAAAAAGAGGAAGAUCCGGAUGCGCGCAAAUCUUCGCAUGGUCAAGAGCCGCCGAUUGCGUUAUGCGAUGCAAUGGAGAAGAUUGCCGAGCAGAAGGGCACAACUCUACAAGCUAUUGCUCUGGCGUACCUCUUUCAUCAAUCACCCUACGUGUUCCCCAUCGUUGGCGUCAAUGCCGUUGCUCAUGUUGAAGCCUUGCCAGCGGCAGUCGGCGUUGAACUCACCAAAGCAGACAUUGACCUUAUACACGAGGCCUCUCCAUUUAAUCCUGGAUUUCCAAUGAAUUUCGCCUUCGCAUUCAUGUCGCCUCAAAAGUACGAUUUGAGUCUCACGGCUACCAACAACCAGCAAUACCGCAUCGCAGCUUGGAUUGACGCCCCGCCAAAGCCACUGCCUUACCAGCCAAGGAAGUUGCCCGAAUAG